GAAAAAUCUGAAAAAAGAGAAAAAGACCGAUGUCAGUUCGCUUAUCAAGUCCAGGGAAGCGGUCAUAUUGCAAUAACGUACCGUUGAAAUAUUAUCAACGCAAGCUUUUUACUCUUCACCAUUCAACCGUCUAGUAUAAUAGUAGCAAUCGCCGAAAUUCAUUUCAAAUUUUAAUCAGUUGUCUUCGUUCUCGACGGUCGAAACCAACAUAGAAUCGAACUGUAUCUACAUCGGUGUUCGUUGUGAUUUUCCGUUAACUGUGACUGCUUAAAUAAUGGAUUCGCAUAAUUGUUGAUGAGUCGAAGAAAGAAUGAAAUAAAGAUGUUAAAAAUAAGUGGGAUAAAUAUGAAAUUUUAUCAUUUUUGCGGAAUCACAGCCGUAGCGGUAUUAUUUUCUUUUUUUGCAAAGAAGUGUAACGGCGAGCUGAUCGUCAUUGGUCGUUUGACAAACGAGCAGAAAUCAACGGAGGGAAGAAAAAUCUUUUGCAUAUCCGACGACGACGAUGCUGCACUUGUUUGGAGUGGACCGGAAAAUGAAUUUGACGAAUCACAAACUACCGAUUUCGUCUGGACAAAAUCUAAUUAUCCCUUCGCGUGUCAAUUCCAAAACUCGACCGACUGUUCUUUGAAAUGGGAAGAAUCGGAACAUUGGAGAACCGUUAAUUCCGGCGAAAACCCAAUGCUGCCUGUUCUCGAUUACAGAUGGGAAAGUUUCCACGAAAUCGUCGGUCGUAAUUUUAUAAAUAAGCAACGAUACAUCCCCUUAGGCGAAGUGAAGAGAUCUUUUGGGGAGAUCGUGUUUUCUGUGCGUGCUUCUAAGGAUGUACAUGUAUUUAUUUGCGAAAAAGAGGACCCUGAAGAAGGUCCUUGUUUUUGGAUGAUAAUCGGUGGUUGGAUAAACACGCAGUCUGCUAUUCGAAGUUGUGCGAAAGGAGCAAAUCCGUGGGACCAAACUCUGAGCGGUGGAAUUUGUGAAGACAUAAGCUUCGACAAGAAGUAUUCACGUGAUAUUGUCAGUCCAUACGAAUGGCGAACGUUCAGGAUUAAUUACAACGCUAAUGAGAAAAAGAUAGAAAUUUUCAAAGGUACUGACAAACAGCCAUUUCUACAAGGAAAUGUCCCUGAAUGGUAUGACGUUAACAAGGUAUCGUUCAGAAGUGGUAGCGGAUCACGAACUCGAUUUCAUUUUUACAAUUAUAUCCAAACAACAGAAGACAAUGCGGUAAUAUCAUCCAAACAAUUUGUUCAGAGUAGUAAUAAAUUUUGCGUCAAAUUGUUCGUCGGUCUUUGCGUUCACUGUAGUCUGAUUGUCAGACUGGUAGAGAUUCAUUCGGGAAUACAUUACGAAGGUAGAAUUUUUGGUAGUAAGAAUAAUACUUUUAACGAGCUACUAGAUUGGCGAACAGCAAGAAUGGAGUUUAUAAUGGCGAAUACAAAUUCCAUUCGCGUAAAAUUAGAAUUGGUCACAGAACUGAAUAGAGACAAAACCGACAAGGGCUACUGGGCAAUCGAUAGAUUGAGAUUGUGCAAAUCAGAUGCAACCAUUACCACAAGAUCGUCGACUCUGACGAUCAAGCAAGUGAAAAAAGGGAACGUCGCCCUGAACUGGAAUAAAUUAACGUGUCAAAAUUUGUUCAGGCACGAAGUAACUCGUACGGACUCCACGUCAAUCUAUCGGGACACCAGCAAAUUGCCAGAAUAUUUGAAGGAACAAACAGAAUUAUGCGGGUCCUCGUGUCCUAUCCUCGGCAAGGACUGGUGGCUUUGUAAUCCCACCGGUUGCACAUGCGAUCGUGGAUUCAAGGGAAAAAGUUGUAACGAUGAAUGUAAUAACGGAUCCUAUGGGUACAACUGCGCGAAUUCAUGCGAAACUUGUGAUGGGAAAUCUUGCGACAAGGUAACUGGAUCCUGUAAUGAACCCAAACCACGGCAAGUGGAGCUGUACCAGAGUCCAUCAGCUAUUUUCAAAACACCGGAGGUCACGACCCUGAAUGAUACUACAAUCAUGGUGUUGCAGUAUGUGGAUCUUACAUUGUAUUGGAACUGCCAAAUAAGUGCCAAUUUGAACGUACUGUCAAAUAGCAAUCCAAACUCAUGGCAAACACUAUAUCCUCCGAUAAAUUUAAAACCGCCUUCGCGCUACUCUCUGGGACCAGAAAGCACUCGCCAGAAUUUCUCAAAUUAUUAUACUAUAGUCAUUGCGAAUUUAUUUCCAAACAAAAAUUACAAGAUCUUGGUAACUGGAAGCUGUGUCGCAUUGAAAAAAAAUAAUAAAAUAUCAAUUUUGACCAACGAGACUACUUUCUGGACAACCUGUGGAGGAACAUAUCUUUUCAAAAUAGAGCCUGGUGACACGUAUUUAACCGUGUACAAACGCCAAAUUACUGAAUGUGAUGAUGGAAUUGACGCUACAUACGAGAUAAGCAUACGUAAAGUAGGAACAAACUUGAGGCAUCAAUCGCUUCCAGCCAAUUUCCCAGUAAACUUAACUUACCCACCGUUAGAUCCAUUCUCAGAGUACGAGGUUUCGAUAGCAGACUCAACUGAUCUGGAAAACAAGUUGUUCGAAGCCAUAGUCCGUACGCUCGAAGCAGCUCCUGGUAACAUUGCAAAAUUUAACGCUACGCCAACCAGUAGGACGGUAAAACUUGAAUGGGAACCUCCAAAAAAAAAGAACGGAAUACUGAAAGGCUACGAAGUUUCGUUAGAGAUGGUCACUUUGCUGGGUUGUAAGGAAUUAAAAAAGGGCACGCCUUUGAAAGAAGAAGUGAUUCGCAAAACUGUUCAAACCCCGAGUGUAACAUUUGCGAAUUUGCAUCCUUACGCAAGAUAUAACGUUACCCUAAUUGCGUUUACAUCGAAACCUGGCGAACCUUACUUGGAUGAAUUUGAUACAUCUCCAACGGAUACUCCAACAGCAAAAUUCAGCAAUUUCAGAUUCGUAAACAAUUUCACUGAAUUGGCCUGGGCUCCACCUGAGGAUUGCACGACAAUAUCGGGACCGUUGGGGGCUGCUAUCCUGUUUUUUAACAGUAGCGAUUCCAUGGAACAAUCGAAAACUGUCCGAAGAUCAGAUUACACGUUGAAUUUGCGAACUUUAAAUCUGAUUGCUUUCACGAACUACACUGUUCGUCUUUAUGCUUUGAGGAAUUGGAAUUCUGCACAGAACCCACGUAUAUACCAAAGUCUAAGUUGGAGGACACCGGCACAAGCUCCACCGGCGGUGACAAAUUUGACAAUUUUCGAUGUUGAUCCGGAAUCACGUACCAUUUCCCUAAGAUGGUUACCACCUGUGCCCUCGAAUGGCGAGCUUGAGUCUUAUGCGAUAUAUUUGGACUCACGGUGGGUGUCGGUGUGGAAUGAAACCGUUUCGGAAACAAGCAUCAUAUGUCAACUGGGGGAAAAUUUCGUGUGUGCCAAAGACAUAAAAAUUUUCGCGAAUAAUUAUAAGUUGGAGGUAUGCGCGAAAAAUAACGGUGUCAAAGACUUAGGAUGUACGCAGCCCAUCCAGGUGAAAACGGCUGUAGCUUGGAAUGCAAAACCUGCUCAACCGAGAAAUUUUCUAAUUAAACCUUCGAUUUCUGGAAUCGUAAACUUGCAGUGGGAGCUUCCAACGUUUAGUAAAAAGAAGAUCAAAGGAUUUAAAAUUAUUUAUCAAUUAAGCCAAACAAAACUUUUGAUGUACAGCGCAAAUGAUACAUCUGUAACAACAUUAUUAGAAAGACAGGACCGAGAGUACGAACUACAUCUUAAGCCAUCUAGCGAAUACAAGAUUUCCCUGUUCUCCACUAAUCAAGACAUUCAAAGCAAGGUGGUUGAAACAUCGUUUUGGACACCAACAGCCAUUGCUUUUGCAGAUGAAAAAGAAUUACAAGUUAGCCACAACGGAACACUGAUUAAUGUUCAGAUUCCAGAAAUAGCGAACAUAACUAAAAGUGCAGAGCUUAAGGUGAUCGUCAACGGCCCAAUAACUUGCGAAGCUCAUUCACCGGUAACUUCGAAUAGCAACCAGACGAGUGUAAUGCGAUUAAUCGCUGUCAGUUGUAGCGCUGAAAAUUUCAACGCAAAACAGCUGACAAUUGGCGGGAGCAAACCUAUUGAAAACGCUGGUUCAAAGUGCCAUUUACAUUACGGCGAGUCCUACACGGUCGAAUUCAAAAUUGAAGAUGAAACCGUUGACUACGUUAAAAAAUCGCUGAAAAUCAAUCUAAUCGAUUGCGACCAAUCUGAAACGGGAUCUAAUCUCACCUGGUUGAUCAUCUUACCGAUAUUGGUAAUCGGCCUCACGAUACUUUACUUCUGGAACAGAAAAAGACGAAAUACCGUAGUACGCACAAGCACUCACGACGAUAUCCCGCUGUCAAAGACGAUGUUGACGACGGAUAUCUCGGCAUUGAAUGAUUUAAAAAUUGAGUCAUCGCCGCCUUACGAUGCUCAAGAGCAGCAAAUGUCGACUUCAUACUCCGCCCCCGACGUUGUUCCUCACAGCUCGAACUCCAGUCACAUAAAAGUCAAAGCAUUCGAAGAAUACGUGAAGGAAUGUAUCAGCAAAAAUCUCCUGGAUCCACAGUACGCGCUGUACGAGCGCGGUCUUACGAAAAGCUACGAGUAUGGACGAUUACCACCUAACGUAUCGAAGAACAGGUACAAAAAUCUGACUGCAUAUGAUGAAAACCGAGUCGUCCUCGACAAACUACCCGAUGAUCCCUAUUCCGACUACAUAAAUGCGAGUUAUAUUCAGGGUUUCCAAAAUCAAAGAGCGUACAUAGCCACGCAAGGACCUAAGCCGAACACGGUGAUAGAUUUUUGGAGAAUGAUAUGGCAAGAGGAAGUCCGCGUGAUUUGCAUGUUAGCAAAUAUAAUCGAGAACGGAAGAAUAAAAUGCGAACAAUACUGGCCGGAAAUUGGAAAAAAGUUGAAAUACGGCGAAGUUUCGGUAUCGAAUACCAACCACGAAGUAUUUGCCGACUACACAUUCAGAACCUUUCAAAUAAGUCUUGCUGGAGACAAGCGCAAGGUCAUGCAUCUCCAUUACACGGGAUGGCCAGAUCACGGGGUUCCCACUUAUUCUCAGUCUCUCGUUGCGUACCUGAAAAAGCUACGAGCAACGCGUGUUGGGAAUGGACCGGUGGUCGUUCACUGUAGCGCGGGUGUUGGCCGAACGGGAACGAUAAUUUUAUGCGACAUAUGCCUGAAACAAGCUGAAACAGACGGAGUGAUCGAUGUCCCUGAGGUAAUGAUGAAUUUACGCUCAGGUCGCGCUAACAUGGUCGACAACGAACAGCAGUACCUGCUGGCUCAUCUCGUUAUCUCGGAAAGCAUGCAUCCUGAGAAAACGCAAAUUCCAUGUUCUGACAACUUGCCGCAGGAAUUGAAAAAACUGAAGAAGAAUUUGCAAUCCGACAUACAGAGAUUGAAUGGCGCCGUUUGGCGAGACCGGGCACUGCACUCUUCGGUGUUAACCGACCGACCAGAUGAGGCGUACAUAGAGGCGAGAAACAGACAUUCGCCAAUCGAAAACAAUCAAUUCAACAUCGUGGUGGUUGAUGGUGUGAAAAAUAAAGGGCAAUACCUCGCCUCAAAAUUACCAUCUUCGAAAACUCUGGCCCAAUUCUGGAAGCUAAUAUAUGAGCAAGAAAUCGAACUAGUAAUAAUGCUGCAACGACCGAACACUGAGGAUCGUAUGUACUGCGAGAUUUUGCCAGGCGAAUAUAUUUUAACUCCCGCACCGAACCUACAAUUGGAAACCAUUGCGAGAUCCGAUGAUGAGGAACAUUUUACAAUGGACAAACUAGUGCUGACGGAUUCCUCCGAUCCCAACCUGGAAACUCGGCGAAUUUCGGUGCUUUCGUGUAAGGGAUGGGAACCAGGAAGAGAUGGAGCGCCGCCGCCGCCCGCAAUUUUAGUGUCUCUUUGGAUGGUUUCGGAAAAAAUACCACGAAAAGCAGGUCCAGCCGUGGUACUUUGUCAGGAUGGAAUUACGGGUUGCGGUCUCUAUCUGGCGCUGAGUUUCCUUCUUGAACGAAUGGCUGUAGAAAGAGAAUGUGACAUCAUUUCCGCCGUAAGAGCAGUUCGACGAUUUAAACCAGAAUUUGUGAGAUCUGUGGAACAGUUCAACUACUUGUACGAUGCAGCACUCAACUAUCACGAAAGUUUCCAGACCUACGCGAAUUUUAGUUGAUCUAAAAUCACGAGAUUCUACAUUAUCUUGUAUACACCUAGUGGCCCGAGACAACCAGCCACUUUAAAAUGACUAUGAAGUCUGAAGAUACCAACGAGUUCUGGGGGGAGGGGAGAUCUUAAAAUUCCGGAAAUUAAAUAAAAGUUUCGAUCUUUCGGUUUUCAGAAGACAGAAACGUUCGAUUAAAUUUCACGCGUUCAGCUUUUAUUCCGAACUUACGCGUGAAUUCGGUUGGUUUUUCUGUCCGACUACCAUUUUCAAUAGGUUUAAUAUUUCAGCAUGGCCAUGCAGUUGAUGUUUUACAUGUUUUUUGCCUGCAUACACUGUAAACCAUCCCAUACUGAUAUAGCUAUACGAUAUAAUGUAUCAAUGAUUAAAUUGGUAUACUACCAUACAAACAAAAGAUUCAUUCAUUUGAAAAAAAAAACAUUGCAAAAUUUCAAAUCAUCCACGUGGCAAGAUAAACAGUAUGUAUGGGUUCAAAUUAUAAUACAUAAAUCUACAAUUAGAGAAUAGAAAGUUUUUCAACAGUAAUUAUAGUAUUUAAUAAUGAUGAAAGCUCAACGAUCUUCGUGAGGCAGGCAGAUGUGUACAAACUUCACGACUUGUUCAAUUUCAACCCUUAACGUGCUCGACCAGUACGUCUUGUGACGCUUACCGACUGACGUCAAGUCGCUGAGUGUCUUAAAAAUCUUCAACGUUACUAAUCUUUUUGACAGAUGGCGUACAAAAUUGUUAUUCAACUUUGUUCAUGAUUGAAGCGAGCAAAUAAGUUCACCUUACGCCGCACUGAGUGCUCGUCGUUUUGAGUGUUUUCAGCAUAAAAAAUAUUCAUCCAACAGGAGAAAUUUCAACAUACGUGAUCGUGUUUCUUGUUGGAGGAUAAUAAUUGUCGGUUUUAGUUCUUGUUCAUUUUCUAAAGUGAUUUUUUGUGGUCGAUAGUUCAUCGGACAUUUCGAUGAAAAAAUCGAAAUAACGAACGGACAAUAAACUCACUCCUGGAAAAAUCAGCAGAAUCGUCUACAGAGGUUAUCUCUAUCAGCUGCUCUACGCUUACAAUUAGGUGUAUCAAACGACUGCUGGUGGUUAUUACAUAAGUCCUUGCAGAGCGCGAUAAACCGACCGCUGCAAAUCCUCCAUUUCUGCAUUUCUGAGUUUCAGUUGCAGAUUCGUAUUCGCAGAAGUCUUGAACCCACCGACGUCUGUCGCCUUCCCCCUAAAAAUAGGAAAGCCACAUCACGCAACUCGACAGAGGCUCUCGUAAAUAAAGUAACAAUAAAUAAAAUCAAAAAUCAAAUGGUAAAGGCGAAAAUAAUACAGAAAAUAAAGGAUUUACAAAACAUAGAAAGAAGGAUAAGAAAAAUAAGUAAACUUCCUCGACGUUCGUGUUUUUUAUUCGGAGUACAAAAGAAGACGUCUUUUCCGCGCGGUCGUUUCAGGCAUUAGCGCUAAGUGAUUUCAAUCAAUUGAUAGUUCUGUUGGUUUGAAAGAGAGAUGAUUGCGAUUGGUCCAGGGGUAAAACGAACCGCUUAGAGAUUGGCCAACGCUUUUCUACGCGCGCGAGAGACGGUCAACAUCGUCAGGAUCGUUCACAGUUUAGAUCACAAACGUCUCGCGACGUCUAUUGGACUUAUACUGAAAAAUAUUUUAGAACACAUCCUCCGGCAGCAUCUGAUAAAAUUAACGCGUACAUAUGUAUCUCUGCAUAUACAUAAAAAUAGUUGAAUAUAUAAAUAAAUAAAUAAAUAAAUAAAUCAUGUAAAAAAUUGAAUGAAUAAUUGAUAAAUAUUAUAAUAACCAUUCCAAUUGAUUAAUAAAGUUGUUACCAGAUAUUUUCGAGUCGCGCCAGAAUUGAAUAACUUGACGCAUUACGCACUGCAGAUUCGAUGGUGCUAUUGGUGUCAAUUUCACCUUACCACUCAAAAUUGGCCACCGAUUAAAUAGCAGUAAACAUUAAUUGGAAAAGAUCUCAACAAAAUCUGUGGGUUACCUGGAAGAUUCUUUAUGAAUUCUUAAAGAAAUCAAAACUAAAUAAAACAAAACCAAACGGAAAAUUAGAGGAUUGACCACCGAAAUUGAGCAGCAGCAUGGGCAGUGUUUGAGCAGAGGGAAAUAAAAAUCGGAAUAUAAGAAGAACAAUAUUCAUGAUUUAGCUGCAAAAUUUCUGCUAUAAAUCAAAAAAUUUAAAGCGCGUCGUGAAUGUCGUGAAUACACGGUUGAUUCGAAAUAAUUGAUGAAUAAUUUUUUGUAAGGAAAGUGAGCUAGCCACUAAAACUCUGGUCUAGAAAGACCAGAAAGUCAUCUUUCUUCACCCGUAGAAUUUAUUGGAUUAUCUGAUCGCCAUGGAGCUGAAGAUUUUGAAAAUGUGGUGACAAGGCGACAGGCAAAAGGCCUCUAGUGACCCAGACACUCUCUUGUGUGUGAGCCAUAGUAACUUAAUAGAAAAAAAAAAAGGAAAAAAAAAAGAAAAAAAACUUACGCAUACAUAUACUUCUCACGUCCCGAAUCUUCCCCUUGGAAAAUUGGAAGAUUCCUUGUAUAGUACGAAUCUGAAAGGAUCGCAAGAAAAAUAAAUAAAUGACCCCGCCUCGAAAGUACAGGAGGACUAAGGAAAGGAUCAUCUGAGAAAGUUUAUAACGCAAUCGAUCGAUCGAUCGAUUAAAGAUCAGCUAAUAAAUACGGAAA